UUUCAUUGUGGGCCCCUAUAGAAUAAGUAUAUAUAUAAAAGAGCCCCUAUAUUUUCUCGAGUAUUCCAUAACUGUCGUAAUACUCUUUUCUUUCUCUCAACAAUUGUUCUUCAGAUUUUCUUCUCAAAUUCUCUCUAAUAAAAGGUUGAUAUACAGUGAUGUCUGACGGUCACGAUAAUGAUAAGAAUAUUGAGAUUUGGAAGAUCAAGAAACUUAUAAAGGCACUUGAAGCUGCUCGAGGAAAUGGAACCAGCAUGAUUUCUCUAAUUAUGCCUCCACGAGAUCAAGUUUCUAGGGUCACUAAGAUGCUUGGAGAUGAGUUCGGAACUGCAUCAAACAUCAAGAGUAGAGUGAAUCGUCAAUCUGUGCUCGGUGCAAUCACAUCUGCUCAACAGAGACUUAAACUCUACAACAAGGUUCCACCAAAUGGGCUUGUGCUUUAUACCGGAACAAUCAUGACUGAAGAUGGGAAAGAGAAGAAGGUUACAAUUGAUUUUGAGCCCUUCAGGCCCAUUAAUGCAUCUCUAUAUCUUUGUGAUAACAAGUUCCACACAGAAGCCCUGAAUGAACUUUUGGAAUCUGAUGACAAAUUUGGAUUUAUAGUGAUGGAUGGGAAUGGGACUCUUUUUGGGACAUUGAGUGGAAACACCCGAGAGGUCCUUCAUAAGUUUAGCGUUGAUCUGCCCAAAAAACAUGGGAGAGGAGGACAAUCAGCCUUGCGUUUUGCUCGUCUUCGGAUGGAGAAACGACACAACUAUGUGAGAAAGACAGCUGAGCUUGCAACCCAAUUUUAUAUAAAUCCUGCCACCAGCCAGCCCAAUGUCUCCGGCCUGAUACUAGCUGGAUCUGCUGACUUUAAAACAGAGCUCAGUCAGUCUGAUAUGUUUGAUCCUCGUCUUCAGGCAAAGAUUCUAAAUGUGGUUGAUGUUUCUUAUGGAGGGGAAAAUGGUUUCAACCAAGCAAUUGAGCUAUCUGCUGAGAUCUUAGCCAAUGUGAAGUUUAUACAAGAGAAGAAGUUGAUAGGCAAGUACUUUGAGGAAAUUAGUCAGGACACUGGGAAGUAUGUCUUUGGGGUUGAUGAUACCAUAAAAGUUCUGGAAAUGGGUGCUAUUGAGACACUGAUUGUGUGGGAAAAUCUGGACAUGAACAGGUAUGUGCUGAAAAAUAACACUACCGGAGAAACAAUCAUCAAGCACUUGAAUAAGGAGCAAGACACUGUCCAAAGUAACUUCCGUGAUCCUGAGACAAAUGCUGAAUUAGAGAUUCAGGAGAAAUUGCCACUACUUGAGUGGUUUGCUAAUGAGUACAGGAGAUUUGGUUGCAGUCUGGAAUUUGUCACCAACAAGUCACAAGAAGGAUCUCAGUUUUGCCGAGGUUUUGGUGGCAUUGGAGGACUUCUCCGCUAUCAGCUUGAUAUUAGAGCUUUUGAUGAGCUUUCCGACGACGGUGAAUUUUAUGAAGAUUCUGAAUAGCAAUUAAGAAACUUCACAAAUACCAGUGCAGGAGUGGAGCAGCAAGCCUGCACUGGUGCGCGAGGGCUCUCGCGUGACUCUGCUGCUCAUGUAUUUAGUGAAAAAUUAGUCAGAGCUCUGCAGAUGGAUGACCUGCAUAAAGAAAUGGAGUUGCGAGUAAAUUCUCCGCCUUUUUCUGAGCAAUAUGAAGGUUGUUUUCAUCUCACAAGUGCGAGUGCGGGAGUGGAGCAGGGAUCCGGCACUGGUGUGCGAGGGCUUGCGCGUGAUUCGGUUGUUCAUGUGCUUACUGACAAAUUACUGGGAGCAUUUCAGGUCAGUGAGCAGAGACUUUGUCUUGUCCUUGAAUGUGAAGUAUUGAUGGAUGACCUGCAUGAAGAAAUGAAGUCUCUAGUAAUUUCUUCUCGUUUGUCUGAGCUAUAUGAAGGUCACUUCUAUUUCAUAAAUGCCGGUUCAGGAGUCAAGCAGGAAGCUUGCAUUGGUAUGCGGGCUCGUGCCUGACCUGGCCACUCAUGUGCUUAGCGACAAAUCACUCGGAACUCUUCAGAUGGAUGACUUGCAUGAGGAAAUGAAGUUGCUAGUAAUUUCUUUACGUUUGUCUGAGCAAU